AUGUGCUUCUGGGGCGAGCCAAACACAAAGUACUACUACCACGAGGAGGUCAUCCCGGCGCGGCGGCACAACGGGCACCACCAUGGCCACCACCAUCACCAUCACCACCACGGACACUCGCCGCGGGCGAGCUACACGAGCGUGACGAGGACACGGUACAGCAGCGGCAGCCCGCGCCACAGCGGGGGGUACUACCGGCCGGCGGCGUCGACGGGGCCUGUGGUCAUUGAGGCGAGCCCACGGCCGCGGUACUAG